AUGGAGCACGGGAGGAGCGGCGGGUCGGGCCACGAGGCGGCGCUGAGGGCGGUGCAGAGGCCGGCGGCGAAGCCGUGGCGCGGGGGAGGAUCGGCGGGCGCCAUGGCGGCGCCCGCGCCGCCCAAGGUGUACCGCGUGGCGCCCAGGGACUUCCGGGAGCUCGUGCAGAGGCUCACCGGCGCCGCGGCGGCGGCGCCGGCGGCCAUGGGCGCGCGGGGUCCUGCGGCGGUGCCGGCUCCGCCGCAGCCGUACAUGGCGCCGGCGCCGGCGCACGGGGAUGGCGACGCGUCGCCGGCGGAGAUGUUCGACUACGCGUCGUGGUUCUCCGUGCCGCUGCUCAGCCCGGCCUCCAUGCCGGCCAGCGGCUACGACGGCCACCUCCAUGGAAAUGGUGCUUUCCUGUAGUAGUAGUACAUAGUGUAUAGUACAGUCGCUUGUCAGUGUAAGAUCGAGCUAAAUUUUACAGUCCGAUCACUUCUUCUCGUCGUAGAACACGCUUGUCUUAAUUCCUACAAAGAAUUCGAUGAAUAAACACACGAAUUACUAUUCAUUUCUCAAGGUUCUUGCAUCUGUCGUGUGUAAUGAUGUG